AUGGAGCACGACGACCUCCUGGACGAUCUUCUCUCUUGGACGCCGUCCGCGCCGCGCGGCAACGUCGCCAAGUCCAGCUCCUGCAUCACAACCGCAGCCACCACCUCUUCCUCUUCGACAUCCCCGCAUGUGGUAUCUCGGCAGCCACGUGCAGGCUCGCUGCAGGAGACGUGCGUGAACACGGCGGCGGCGACUACGAAAGCGGGUAACGUGAGCGCCAGCCACUGCCAUCGCAAUGCCAGCGAUGCAGACGACGAGCAGAGUGCUCCGUGUACGGCGUCAGUGUCUGCUGAGACGUCGCCGCCGCCGCCGCCCACGUCAGGGCCGCCGUUCUCCCUUCCCCCCGACGUGGACGCAAGACUCUACCCGCACCAACGCGCAGGCGUUCAGUGGCUCUAUUCUCGCCAUUGCAAGUCCCGCGCCUGUCUCCUGGCAGAUGAGAUGGGUCUCGGCAAGACGGUGCAGGUGGCCGCCUUUCUUGGCCAGCUCUACGCGCGGCAGAUGAUCAAGACAACGAUUCUUGUCGUCCCACCGACGCUAGUCCCCAUAUGGACGGCCGCCUUCGCCGAGUGGGGCGGCGCGUCGCUCUCGCGAGUCGUCGAGGUCAUCCACAAUGAACCUCGCAAGAAGCGGCAGGCGCGGUGGAGGAAGCUGCGCUAUGGGCUGCCGUGUGUGCUGGUCACGACCUAUGGCGUGCUGCGGCAGGACGCUGCCGACGUGAGCGUCACCCUCGUGGACUACGUUGUGCUGGACGAGGCGCACCUCAUAAAGGACCCCAACACCUGUGUCUUCAAGAGCGCCUUGACCCUUGCGGCGCGUCACAAAAUCGCGUUGACAGGCACGCCGCUCAUGAACACGUUUGAUGACAUGUGGAGCAUCUUCCGCUUCCUCGAUGGGUCGAUACUCGACAUGGACAAGUCCGACUUCAAUGCCAUCAGCGCGACCUUGCUGCGCGGCAACGAGCGUGACGCCAGCGCGGCACAGCGCGAGGCCGCCUCGAGCGAGCUAGCGAAGUUGCAGGCCGCCAUCCGCCCUUUCAUGCUUCGCCGGGAGAAGAAAGACGUCGCUGCUCAAGUGCUGUCGAGUAGCAAGGAGGACGUCGUCGUGUGGGUGCGCUUGACGGACGUGCAGCGGCAGCUGUACGCGGCCUUCUUGGAUUCAAAGGAGGUGGCUUCCGCGCGUGAAGGCGCUGCGGACGUGGACCUGACGGAGGGCACCGCUGACGAGGAUGGUGUGGGCAUGCAAAAGAGCUGCCUAGGCGGUGGUGGCUCGUCAGCUGCUGCCGCUGUGUCGACGAAUCCUUUGCUUCUACUCACAAUGCUGUCGCAGAUCUGCAGCCAUCCCUGGUUGAGCCUCCUUGAUGAGGCCUUCGCGGCUGCUCUCGCGCGCAACCCGUACAAGGCACCAGUGGCAGAGAUGGGUGAUAUCUUCAGCGGCGCGAAGCUGUGGGUGGCGCUGCAGCUGCUCCUGCACUGCGUCUCGGAGCAGCGCAAGACGCUCGUCUUUUCGCGCUCAAGGCGAAUCCUGCGCCUCCUCAGCUUCCUCCUGCAGGAGUGGCGGCUGACGCACACCCAGGUGGACGGCGACACGCCGAGCGAGCGCCGCUGCGCUGAGGUGGACCGUUUCAACAACGACGCGGGCGUGUGGGUAUGUCUGCUCACGACGCAGGUCGGCGGCGUCGGGCUCACCUUCAACGCUGCCUCGGCGGUGGUGCUGCUCGACCCCAGCUGGAACCCAUCCGCGGAUGCCCAGGCCGUCGACCGCGUUCACCGCAUUGGCCAGCGGCGCGACGUUGUCGUCUUUCGCCUGGUAACGUGUGACACGGUUGAGGAGAAGGUGUACCGCAACCAAAUCUUCAAGCGCAUGGCAGCACUGCAGUCCAUGAAGGGCGAUGGCGGCAGCAGCGGCGGAGAGGGCCGCCGGCCCCCGACAGCGGAUGCUGGUGGCGAGCUCUAUCGAUACUUCACGCGCGUGCAGCUGCGCAACAUGUUUUCCAUGGACGAUGGUGCACAGAGAAGCACAGCGGAGCAACUGGAGGUGCUGCACCCCGGGCGCGUCCGCGCGCAACUGCGCGAGGAGCUCCGAAGGAUCGACGGUGUGUAUGACGUAAGUGACAACGCAUGCGUGCUGACGGAGCCGGUGGACGCGGACGCGGCGGGCCGCGACGAAGCGCAGCUGACGCACUCGCCUUCGGCCUCGCCGGAGCGCACGUGGCGCGCAGGCUCUGUCUCGCCACCGCCAUCGCAAGCAUCGCUGUCCCAGCAGGCGCUGACGCGCGUACGCAGUCGCUCAGAUGGCGCAGGAGGCGACGAUGAUGCUCCUCGGCGCCGCCGCGUCGACGUCGAGGACACGCUGGCCACCGCACAUGCCGCCACAGUAGGCUGCGGCGCUUCCGCGGAUCCUGGGGAGGCGCUCGACGUGGCUGCACGCAUGACCAUGCUGGCGACAUCUCCAGUGGCCGUGCUGCGGGGCACCCAGCACCUCAGUAACUCGCCGUCUCCGUCACUUCUCCCUGUCAGCUGUACCACGACGACGACGGCACUGAACCAGCUUGAGGGCUCCGCGAGCGCGUCACUGGCGGCCCCACGCCCGACAGAGGUGACUGCAGGCGAUGACGCAGAGAUGGUGUCGUCGCCAUUCCCUCUGCUGGGCGACUCGCUUGAGCACGCCAACGACGCCAUUUCGGCGGCAGCAGCAGCAGCAGCAGCAGUGGCGCGGGGGCGGGCAAGCGAUGACUGCAGCUCCGCCGACUUCGCAUCGUGCCGCUCUAGCUUCUGA